CCAACUGAAGCCCGCAACUGCAAUCUGCGAAUACAAAAUAUUAAGGAGCCUUAAAUUUUGAACACGUGCUUCCCUUCACUCCUCGCCGUCACGCGGUCGCGCUGCAUGAAAAAACCAAACCUCGGCACGACACAAAUACCCGGUCCAGACGCCGCUGUGAGUCUCAAACGGGCUUCGUGUCCUAGCGCGCAACGGCUUUUGAAAGGCGCACGCAGCGGGAGGGAGGUGAGUCGCGGUGUUCUCGAUGGUGCACUCCGAAGGGCCGCUCUUCGUUGGUCAGAUAGCUUGGGCCGGCAACGAUCUCAGCGUAGAAAAAUGCAAUAACUUUCGGAACCUAGGGUAGCCGUCAAAGCGCUGAUGGGACGACGGGCAGGGAUCACGUGGGCAUGACUCUCCCUUUCAACACGCCUUCUUUACUCACAUCCGAGUCUAUUAGCUUAAUCCAAAUUCUGUACACAUUACUUUCCCAAAUCAGGUUCUUCUGAAUUUGCUUCUAGGACCCCGCUGUGCCUCCGCCCUUCGCGAGUGCGGACACCAAGUAAUUUUUUUGCGCAAGCGCAUAAGACCAGCAGGAGCUCUCCAAUCCAGAUGUCAUCAUCGUCUGACGACACCCGCUCCCAGAAUGCCAGCCCCAUCGCUGCGGCGCUUGAGCCUGGAGGGCUGAAACAGCUACCGGUGGCGGCACAACAAUGGACAGCUCCAAAAGGAAUGUUUUCGACGUGGGGCAAGCGAACUCCGCACCCACCUGGCACAGGGCUCGGUUCUAUGUUCAGGCGAUUGGGCACCGCUCUGGGGAUAGGGAAGUCUAAGGCAGCUCGACGGACGCGACAGGACUCCCUCAACUCUUCUGUGCAUGCUGGUACCGUGUCCACACACGGCAACCCCGCACGCACCGUGCAGUACGGUGGCUCCGUGCACCUGGUCUCGCACUCCCACGCCAACAACGCUCUCAGCAGCCUGCAGGACGUGACCGUGGGCCGCUUCGGCCACCACCACAACAACAACAAGAACAACCAGCAGCAGUUGCGACACGCCAACUCGCUCGCGGACUUCGGGACCGUGCUGGUCGUCCCGGCCGAUGGCAGCACCCACCACGGCGGCCACUACUUCCAUGCGGGGCUGUCGCCCUCGGCCUCGCAGGGCCACAGCAGCCAGCUGCCCACCCUACCCGCCCACUUAGCCGAGGCCUACAGCUCCAGCCCCGGCCUGCUGUCCACCAGCCAGCAGGCCUCACACAAUCACAGGCCGAUACAGCAUGGCGGCAGCGGCGGCGUCCCGGCCAGCCAACAGCAGGUCAACAGCGGUGGCGGCCUGCCACACCAGCAGCAACGGCGGGAGUACGCGUCUGACAACCAGGUCAUGAGCUGGGAUGGCCGAAACGGCCUGGGAGGCAGCGGUGCCAGCGGCGCCGUCGGCACCGGCGGCGCCGGCCAGCGGCUGCUGCUCAAGCACGUGGUCACACCGCUGCCGUCGCUGUCUCAGCCGCAUACGCAGCAGCAGCAUCCGCAGCAGCAGCCCUCGCCCGCCGGCAGCCCUGUCGUCGUGCCGGGUAGCCCCAGCUCCGCCGUCAGCGCCUCCAGCAACGCCACCGCCUGGCGCCGGCUGUUCUCCUCCCGCGACAACAGCACCACCGCCGCCUCCAACAGCAGUGCGGCAGCCAUCUACGGCAGUGGCGGCGCCAACGUCAUGGCGCAGCAGGCGGCCGCGCUGGCGCCGCUGGCGGUGCCGUCGCCGCUGCAGCACCGCACCGGGCCGAGCGACGCGCUGCCGCAGGCGGCCAACGGCAGCGCCCGUGUUCUUGCGUCGCCCACUGGUGCCGACAGCAGUGGCGCGGGCGGAAAUUCGGACCCGCUGUCCAGAGUGCCGCCGCCGCCGCGCCGCCUUCUGACUCAGCAGCGCUCUGUCAACUACCAAGCCACCGCCGCCGCCAUCGCCUCCGUCGCGGCGGACCACCAGCAAGAGUACGUCCACAGCAACAGCAGCCCCUGCGUCGGCGGCGGACUGGGCGGCGGCGGCGCCGCCGCCGCCGCUGUGGCCACCAAUGGCAGCGGCAACCUGCACUCGCCCGGCGGCAAGGCCCCGUCCCCGCCGGCGGUCGCAAGCGCCACCAUCACGCUGCCCACACCCGCCCUCGCCAUCGCGUCACGGGCGGCGGCCGCAACCUGCCGCGACAGCAGCAUCGACGGCACUGGUAGCGGCACCCCUUGUGAGGCGAAGCCGUUGAAGCACACCUGCGCCAGUGCUGACCAGAUCAUGGGCGGCCUGGCAGCGGCCGCAGCCGCUGCGGCGGCGAUGCCCGGUGGCGGCCCUUCGCUGAACAACCUGUCCGUCGCCAUCCAGCUGGCCCCCAGUCUGUCAGGCCCGCCUAACCUGACAGACCUGCUGCCGUCACCGCUGGCUCAGCAGCAGCAGAAGGCCUCGGGAGCCGCGGCGGAUCUGCCGCCGCCGCCGCCGCUGCAGCUCCCGCGCAUUGCCACGCCCUCGCCGUCACAGCAGCAACAGCAACCGCACCCCGGGACGCAGUGGGCGUCGUCGCCGCCAGGCGUUGACAAGGCCGCCGCCGCGGCGGCAGCCGCACCACCGGCGGCCGCUGUCGUCGCCGCCGCCACGCCUAUCAAGACAUCUGUUCCUGCCGCUGACGGCCCCGGGGACAGCGCCGCUGGCUUGAUGCAGACGGAGCUGUUGGCGCAGGGCCGCAGCCUGCCAGCCGGCAUGCGGCGGUCGCACUGGUGUCUGGAGGACUACAUUGUGACGCGGCGGCUGUUCAAGGGCAGCCGCACCGCCGUGUACAAGGCCACGUGCAAGUACAGCGGGGCGGCCGUGGCGCUCAAGGUGUACUUCCUGGCCAAGACGCCCACCAACACGCUGCACCAGAUCGUGCGUGAGAUCCAGAUCCACGCCGGCCUCAGCCACCACAACGUCCUGCCGCUGUACGCCGCUUUCCAGGACGCCAAACGCCUGGUGCUGGUGCUGGAGCACGCGGCACGUGGUGAUUUGUACAACCUGCACGCCAACGUGGACCGCCAGCUGAAUGAGGACCAGGCGCGACAGGCUGUGCUGGAGCCUCUGCUGGACGCUCUGGGCUACCUGCACUCCAAGGGCGUGUGCCACCGCGACAUCAAGCCUGAGAACAUCCUGUUCACGGCUGACUGGUGCCUGCGUGUGGCGGACUUUGGCGUGGCCAUCAACCUGAACGACGAGCGCGCCGUCACCCGGGCCGGCACCGCCGACUACAUGGCGCCCGAGGUGGAGCGCUGCCCGCUGAAGACUCACCCCUCCGACAACAAGAACAACCCGCAGCUCGCGUACAGUACUGCCGCCGACGUGUGGAGCAUCGGUAUCCUGGCCUACGAGCUCAUGGUGGGAUUCCCGCCCGUGCUGGGCGAGCCCACGGCCGCCAACGCCAACUGCCCCAGCGCGCCUUCCAUUAGCUUCCCUGCCUCCAUUUCGAGCAUCGCGCGUGACUUCGUCACUCAGGCGCUGGCGCUGCGGCCUGAGGACCGGCCCACUGUGCACCAGCUGCGCGCCCACCCGUGGAUGGCGCCGGCUGUCGCGGCCGCCGCAGGCGGUGUCACACGCAGCUAGAGGGUGUGGUGACACCGUUCGUACGCAUCUGCGUGGAGGUUCAACCUCUCGCGACAGCUAGAUACCUUAUUGGUGCGUGUUGGGCCUGCCGUAAGUGAUGAUAAAUGCUGGGACAAGCGUCAAUGCUGCACAAAACGGAUGUCAACCGAUGUGGAUACUUGCUACUGCGCCCGCCACCUUCGAACGUGUGUCGCUCACGCUUUGGUGGGCAGGAUUAUAAGAGUUCAUUCUUGUACCAUUAUUUACGCGUGCUCGCCUCGGCUUGCGAGAACAUGUGGGGCGGGUCAGGCCGAGCCAGUUGGAAAGCACGUGCAAGCCCAGCCGGGCGUUCAAGUAAGUCUCACGUCCGGCUGCUGACGGAUGCAAAAUAAAGAUAGUCUGAAGCGCGUUGUCGUGCACUUGUUGUGGGCCAUAGUUGUGAAUCAAUGCCCCGAGUGCCUUGGGAGGCUUGCGCUGUGGCGCACGAGAACUGUCAGUAUGUGCAUACGUCCUUCCGGGCGACCGCGCACAGGCAAGCCACUGCAAUUACAGGCACUCACUGCGGGCGGCACGGGACUGUCUUAACUUAAUGCAAUGUCUGCGGCGCGAGCGGGAGAGUGAUAUGGUAGCCGUGCUGUGCGACGACAGCAGGUCUGCCUCAGCCUUAUGUGGCGUUGCUUGUCGUCACGUCCGCCGCAUGCCAGCGAGGCGUGCUUAGAGGCAUUCCGUUCCUACGACCAUUUAUGCUGCUCUGCAGAGUGGCCGUACUAGGCAUGCAUAUGCAUUUACGAGCUAGUUUAUGCAUGUUUUCCCGUGACCGGGGAACACUUGUCCGCAGCUUCCCGUGCUUCCAGCCUUCCCAGUACUUUCCAAGGACUGCCUGGGGCACAAGAGCGCGCACAUGUGUAUGUGCGUGUUUGCAUUUAUCGGUGUGACUUAGGCUGAAGUAGUAUAGGUCUGCUGUGUGAGUGCUUUUGCUGGUUAGGCUGCCUGGUGAGGCUGAUCCGGCGAGCCUUCGGCCACGCGGGUACCACUCUGGUCUUUUGCUGUGUCCAAACUUUGACAGCCUGGUAGACCCAACAGGUAUCAUCUGACCAGGCCGCCAGCAUACCUACGGCUUCAUCUCGUUGUGUAGUAUACGGUUACUAUGGUGCGGAGCUGAGCAGAUGAAACCUGAAAGGCCGUACGGCUGCAGCCGUGCAUGGGGUGUGCAGUGGGACACGCAAAUAUUUUCGUCGUGAAAACUAAAAGCGUGAUAGCGUGAUGGAUAGCGUACGCACAGUGUAUGCAGGAUACGCAAUCGACACUGUAAAAAGAAUAGGCA